AUGAUGACCCUGUUGAAGAUGGGGUUGGAUGAAGAAGUUUUUGCCAUGUACAAGAUGAGGAAAGCAGAUUUCGUGAAACGGGUGUUGAUCACUGCAGUGAUAGCUAUGUUUGUUGCAGAUGCAGCUGAUACAAAUGAUGUUUAUGGUCCAUGUCUUGAUGCUAAAGUUCAAAGAGGAGAUGGUUUUACCUUUGGUAUUGCAUUUUCAGACAAACAAUCUUUCUUCCAAGAUAAUGGUCCACAGCUUUCACCUUGUGACCAACGCCUCGACCUCUCAAACAAAGGAGCACAACUUGCUGUUUUUAGGCCAAAGGUCGAUGAGAUCUCCCUACUUACCAUUAACAGGAGUAUCUCCUCGGACAAAAAUGGUGGAUAUAUGGUUGCAUUUGCUGGACAGAAAUAUGCAGCAAGGUCACUGCCAAUUAUGUUUGCUGACAACAGUCACACAAUUACUAGUUUUACUCUGGUUCUUGAAUUUCAAGAGGGAACCCUUCAAAACUUGUUUUGGAAGAGUUUCGGUUGUGAUGCAUGUUCUGGUGGAAACGUUUGCUUGAACAAGACAGACUGUGCAGUGCCAAACACAAAGUGUCAAAACAAUGGUGGGACUGCCUGCAACAUAGGCAUACAGUUGACAUUCUCAGGGACUGACAAGAAUCUUGAUGCUCUUAAUUCUUGGUAUGAAGUGAAAAAUCUACGGCAGUACUCCCUCUAUGGUCUAUUUUCCAAUCUUCGUGAUUCCAUCAUAUGA